CUUCCUCGUCCGAGGAGCACGCCUCCACCGCGGCCGGCUCCCGGACCUCCUUCAGGCUCCAGCUUUCCCCGCCGCCCACGAGGAGCCCGGGGAGGCGAAGCGGGGCGCAGGCGUCACUAGCCCACCCUUCCCACGCCUCUUCCGGCCCGAGACCGCCCCGGCAGGCAUGGGCGACAAGAUCCGGCUGCCCUUCCCGGGGGUCCUCUGGGCCGCUCUGCUGCUGCCCGCGGCGGCCGGCUUCACGCCCUCCUUGGACAGCGACUUCACGUUCACCCUUCCCGCCGGCCAGAAGGAGUGUUUCUACCAGCCCAUGCCCCUGAAGGCCUCGCUGGAGAUCGAGUACCAAGUUUUAGAUGGAGCAGGAUUAGAUAUUGAUUUCCACCUUGCCUCUCCAGAAGGAAGAACGUUAGUUUUUGAGCAAAGAAAAUCAGAUGGAGUUCACACGAUAGAGACUGAGGUUGGUGACUACAUGUUCUGCUUUGAUAAUACAUUCAGCACCAUUUCUGAGAAGGUGAUUUUCUUUGAAUUAAUCCUGGAUAAUAUGGGAGAACAGGCAGAAGAACAAGAGGACUGGAAGAAGUACAUUACUGGCACAGAUAUGUUGGAUAUGAAACUGGAAGACAUCCUGGAAUCCAUCAACAGUAUCAAGUCCAGACUAAGCAAAAGUGGUCAUAUUCAAACUUUGCUUAGAGCAUUUGAAGCUCGUGACCGAAACAUACAAGAAAGCAACUUUGAUAGAGUUAAUUUCUGGUCUAUGGUUAAUUUAGUGGUAAUGGUGGUGGUGUCAGCCAUUCAAGUUUAUAUGCUGAAGAGUCUUUUUGAAGAUAAGAGGAAAAGUAGAACUUAAAACUCCAAACUCGAGUACUUCACAUUGAAAAAAAUGGACAGAAACAUGCAAUAAACUGUUAUAGUCAAGACCA